GACGCGUCCGUACGUCGGGUACGCGCAGGUAGGGGGGAGAAGCAUGGCGGAAGACGAGGAGUUGGAGGGAGCGAGUCUGAGGAAGGAACUGGAAUACAUCGAGAACGAGCUGCGGACGGCCCUGGGUCUCACCUCCGCGUCCAACGAGUACUGCCUGAAGUUCUGUCGAGUAACUGAAUGGCAUGCUGGAAAAUGGCAGGUGCCUUUGCCACUACUUCAAGUGCUUAAAAAUGCUAUUUGCUGUUUUACCAAAGCAAGACCACUUCUCGCUGCAGAAUGUGAACAUGUCCAAUAUGUCUUGAGCCGGCUGGCUUUGAGCUGCUUUGAAGUAUUUCUAUAUUGUAGAGAGGAGGAAUCGUCAAAAGAGUUUUGGAAAGAAUUUUUAAAAACUAUUCAGGAAUGUUAUGUUGUUUUACAGGAGGACUUAAAUACAGAACUUGAUGUACUUAUCAGGAUGAGUAAAAAUGGAGGACCAUGGCAAAAUCCAGUUCUGAUGUCCAUCCUUAACCAAGAGUUAGUUACUCAGGAAUUAGUAGAUGAAUAUUUGAAAUCAGAAUCUCCAGUGUUCUUUGAAUACAGAGUGAAAUACUUGAUGAAGUACAAGCAUAUCAGCGAAGCAAUGACACUGACCAAAUACUGUGUGAAUCACCCGCAAACUGGCAAAAAUAAGUACUUUCUCCACUUAUUCUUAACAUGGUUAUGCCGCACAUCGCCAGAAGAAGUCAUGUUGCAAGAGAUUGCUAGAAUUAACUGCCAAGAAGCCCUGGAUGUUAUUUGCAGAUUCGAUUCAGAAGGGCAGGUGGAAUUGGCUUGGAUUUUGUGUGUGGCAUUCCUUACUCGGCAGCUAAAAAAUGGAGACAUGUAUUGUACUAGGGAGUUGAUAUUAGUAUGGAGUAAGCUGCAGCUGAAACUUGAUGCAUCCAAGCAACACUUUUUAGAGAAGUGUCAUCACCUUUUAUUAACAUCCAGAAAUGUGAACCAUAUCUUCCUCUUUAUCAGGGUUAUUCAGAACGAGGUUGGAACUGAAGGCUUGCAAUUCUGCGUGGAACUCUGUGCGCGUGCUCUAAGGAUGGAUUACAAAGAUGAACCAAAUACAAAAACUUUAGUGUGCAAAACGCUGUCAUACCUGCUGCCAAAUGAUUUGGAUUUCUGUAGAGCAUGCACUAUUACAGUUUUUUUCUCAGAAUGUACCUUAGAAACUUUUCACGCUGUUGAAAAUCUCUACAGUCAGACAGAUCAGCCAUACACUGAAGACACCAGUGCAGUUCCCAGUUUCCUUCGUUGUGAGCUGCUGCUUGUUUUAAAGAACACCUGGCCUUUUGAUCCAGAAUUUUGGGACUGGCGAAUUUUGAAAAAAAACUGUCUUGCUCUAAUGCGUGGCAAAGUGGCCUUAAUCACAACUCGUGGAAAAGAUGCAUUUGUGAAGUUUGGAGACAACACAUUGGCUAAGAGUAAAACGAAUAUCAAGACCACGAAGGAACCGAACAUGUUGCAACUCCGCACAGGCACAUCCCGGGCAGAUAGCCACAGUGCAGUGAUGCAUCAUUGUGUGUUGUGUAAAAAGGAGUUCCUUGGUGGACAUAUUAUGCGACAUGCACAUGUUCAUCAGCAAAAAGGUGCCUUCUCUUGUCUGAUUUGUGCAAGGAAGUUCAGAUUGAAGGGACAAAUGCUGAAGCAUUUAAAGACUCACCUGAGGAAGAUUCAAAAACAUGAACUUGCUGCACAGAAAAAUACUGAAUCUUCCACUGUAGCCAGGGACGUACAGGAAACCUGUCCCCUCACAAAUGGGAUCCUUGAUGCAAAAGUAUCGACUGCUUCAGAAUCCGAAACUGCAGGCGAACAGAGUUACUAUAAAACGUUUACAGAAAAUGAAGAUUUUAAAGUUGAUCUUCCAAAUGAGCCAUGCAGUUCAGCUGGUCUGGAUGGAGCACUGAAUGAACAUUUCAAAACUCAGGAAGAUCCCAAAAAUGAUGUAGUUCCUGCUACAGCCGCUGAUAAUGUUAUAGGCGCUCAGCUGGUAAAAGAAGAAUUUGGGGUUGUUGUUCCAACCAAAAAGAAAAGAAAGAGCUGUUUUCUUGAUAAACAAAAUUCAAUAGGUCACAGAAAUAAUGGAGCUCUAUGCAAACAAGAACAGACAGACGAUGACGCUGCGUCAAAAGAACGAGCAGAAACUGACGCAAGAAGUGAUGGUUUAUUUAAUUGUCCAGCUGAUGGCUGUUCAAAGGUAUUUACUAAGAUCCAUUUUCUGAUUAAGCAUGCACGGAAAUUUCAUUCCUCUGAGGAAAAUGUACAAGAUUACCUGAUGGAGUGGUAUAAAGGGAAGUGCCGUUAUUGCCAAAGAAAAUUUAUUCACUCACAGCAUUUAAUUGACCACCUAAAAAGGCAUGUCUACCCUAAAUUAUUCUUCUGUUUACAUUGUGGCUGUAGUCAGAGGUUUAAGCGUGCUUCGGAACUUCUAAGCCACACUGAGAGUCAUGAAGCUUUUCAAGCACAGUGCAGCUUUGGCGACUGUGACCAGUUGUUUGACAGAGUUGAGAUGCUUUAUGAACAUGAGGCACAACAUUACUCAAGUACAAACCCUAUCCACUCCAGAGAUUGUAACAAAAGAAAAAGUCAAACAAGCAAAGUGCUAAACCAUCAAGCAAGGAUGAAUGAAGAGAAAAGACUAGAAAAUGUACAGAAUGCUGUGGACUUUCCAGUCCCAUCGUGGAAAUCACGAAAAGAGUUAUCAGAACCAAAGACCUACCUUCACAGUAUGGUUGGCAAGCAAAGUGGAAAUCAAAAUGGAUUGGGCACUCUUAAUGAUACUUCACAUGCUUCCAUCGAAUCAGAUGAAAAUAAUUUGACUAUUGAAUCGGGAAAUAUAAAUUGUGUUAAUAAUGAACAAAUUGUAAAUGGGCAUAAUAAACUGAAAGGGCCUUUGAUUCAUUCGAAUGCAGACACAUUUUCCUCGGGUGAUAUAUCAAAUGAUGGCAUUGGUGAUGCAGAUAAGACCAGUCUUUCAACUGAUGAUUCAAGAUCAGAGUCUGCGCCAGCUGUGCUGAAUGAUAGUGUUUCAAACGAAGCUUUAAAGAAAGAAGAUGCAGCAGUGUCACAGGAUAGUGACAGCCUGUCACAGCAAAGUAAGACUCUUUCAGGUUUGCAGUCGUCCUCUAAUCAAGAACAGAAUAGCAGCAGCAGCAAGAGUAAUAGCACUGGCAAGGGAGAACCUGAAAGCUGUGGCAAGCAGCGAAAUUACUAUCGGCCUCAACCACCAAGCUACCUAGCUGAAAGAUAUAUCACUAUGCCAAAACGAAGGAAGUUAGCCACCGAUACAAACCAGUCUCCCGCUUCACAAGAGAAUUCAGUUAAUGUAAAAAAUGAUCGACACAUAUGUCGGAAAUGCUUCGGGAUUUUCAACAACAUCGAAGCAUUGGAAGAACACAACUCUCAGAAAAAUUGUAGACCGCUCUUUGUUACGGAGUCGGAUAGCGAUGAGGGUGACUAGGACCUUGCAAGAAAAUGGCCAUUUCGACAUAGAAGAUAACAGUCAAACAAGGGAAUCACUUUACAGAGUUCAUCUCCACUUAAUCCAAGUUCCAUGCAAGGACAGAAAGGGUCAAAGAAGACAAAAUAGUAAACUAUCUUUGAGACGAACACCAAAAUUAAAAAGCGUUAGCACUUAUUCAGGAAGUGCUCUUGCACUGAAGUGUCUUGAAGUAUGGAGAAAUAUCUGACACCUUGUAGAAAUGGACGUGAAGUGCAAACCUUUGUUUUGCCACCUCAGAUUGGAAAAUCUUAUGUUUAUUUUUGUGUUGAGCCAACAAUUUAACAGCAUAAUCGAGAAGCACCUGAAGAUUUGCAUGGGCCAAAUUUAGCUGGGGCUGUGGAUCUUGCCAUGUUAACUAAACUUUUAGUGCACAUUUUGGCUCAAAUAUAAAUGCUUGUAUGUAAUUUGGGCUGAUAUCAAGUUACCUAAGAUAAUGACUGAAUCAACUCAUCUCAAUUAUCUCAAUCGUGGAUGGUUGAGGAACGGGGAAGAAAGAGAAGGAAAGGUGACUAAUAUUUUAUCAAGAGAAAAAAUAUAGAAAGGGAAAAAAAGUAAAAGUAUUUUCUUUAGCCUUUUUUAAAAAGAAUAUUACUUCAUAUGGAUGCGAAUGGUUUAAAGUUUUCUCCUUCUGGGAUAGUGAGAUUCAUUGGCACCACAUUAAUCAUGGCAUUAAAAGACUCUGCUCCUAACUAUGAGCUCAAACAUAUUGCAGUAAGCUUUGGGGCUUUUAAUACACAAAUCCAACAAAUUAUUGAUAAUGGGAGGAUGAAAUGCCUUUUGUGGCGACAAACAGUGGAGCAAUGUAGAUUGACCAGCAGGUUCUGGACAUUCGGUGUACAAUGUAUCCCUUCCGCAUCUAAUUCUGCUGGCCAUUUUCAGAUUCCGAUUCGGAUUCAGAUUCAAUUUAAUUGUCAUUGUCAGUGUACAGUACAGAGACAACAAAAUGCAUUGCAGACAACGAAAUGCAUUUUGUGAAAUAAGCUACACUGCAUCAUGAAUAAUAUCUAUUCAGGUAGAUUAGGCCCAACUUAGAUACCUUUUGAGCACAAUUGCAGCACCCCCAAGUUGAUUAAAUAUAGCUGAAAACCUUAAAGAUGCUUAUAACAGCUGAAGAUGAUUGCUCAGAAGCAAAAUUACAUAUGUGGCUAGUUGUAUUCCAGAAUAACAAUGCUGAAGAUAUAAGAGAUGAACACAAGGUUCAAAUUUGACUAGUUUAACACAAAUUUAUUUUUCCUGAUGCAAUAUCUUCUGUUGUACUGCAGUGAAGACAUAAAAUGAAUGUAUGUAUUACUGUUGUUAAGCCUAUCCCAUCAGUUAUAAAACACUGGACAUUGACUCCUUGCUUGUCUACAUUAGAUUUUAAAGUUAGUUUAAUAAGUUGGUAAGUACGAUAUUCACAUCAAUAUGACAUGCAGAAUGCAUAGCUUCUGAAGAAAUGUAGUAUGAGAAUUUUUAUUUACCUCAAAUGUGUUAAACAUUAUCCAAAUCCACUAAAAUAUCCCUUGAGCUUGUCAAUUCUGUAUGUUUUGUUCAUCUUCACAAACUUCCAAAGUGGAAUUAGUUAUUUGCAAAUCAAAUAGAUUAAGGGAUUGAAUUAUAAACAUUCUCAUGAUUAUAUUAGACAAUAGACAAUAGGCAUAGGUCUAUUCGGCCCUUCGAGCCAGCACCGCCAUUCAAUGUGAUCAUGGCUGAUCAUCCCUAAUCAGUGCCCCGUUCCUGCCUUCUCCCCAUAUCCCCUGAAUCUGCUAUCUUUAAGAGCCCUAUCUAGCUUUCUCCUGAAAGUAUCCAGAGAACUGACCCUCAGAUUUUAUUCCUAAAUCUGAAAAUGGAAAAGAUAACAACAAUCACCUAUUGAAAUUUAAAACUUAUUUUGAUGAUUGGAAUGAGCAGUGACAAUAUAUCAUGUAACAACUGUGAAAAUGACCUAGGACUGAAAGAUUGACUGCUGCAAUCCUAAGGGUGUUUGUAUUCAGUGCAUUACGAUUUAAACAAAAACAGAAGCAAUAAAGUCACAUUCAAGGUACUAUUGAAAAAAUAGGUCAAUUUAUAGAAAACUGACUUUUUGGGCAAACAUGCCUUCAGCUCAGAUGCCUUAUUUUGAGUGCAGGGAUCAUGGCUGGCAAAGAUAAUCUUAUGGGAAAUAUUUUUUGUUUGCAUUAUUUCCAUGAUAGUUGGGAGUCUGCAAAUCCAACAGUAUUUGAAGGUAUAUUACCUCCGACUGAUGGAUCCAAGUCAUUCUUCGGUGCUGGCUUUUUCACUAAUAUGUAUUUGGGAUAUAAAUAAGCUACAUUUCAUGUGUAAAGGCAAAUACACUAAACCCUCAUGUUGAAGAAGUCAUCCUUUUUAGAAUAUUGCUUAGCUAUUUGCUCCAUCAAAAAUUUAACAUUGAAGACUUAAAAUAUUGCAGAUGCAACACAAAAAGAUGAAAUGUUAGUACUCUGCUUUGACUCGGCGAAGAUCAACAUCAGGACCAAGAACAGCCUCUGUUGAUUACAACCCAUUACUGAAGCUGGUGCUAUACCCUGAAUGGCAAUAGAGAAAAUUAUCACUUAUGCAUAUUUAGAACUGGAAAAAAACAUACUUCUCACCGUAUAUUUUGCAAGCAGUAUGCACAUAGUAUUUGGAAAGAUGACUACCACAAUGAUGGCCUCAUUAUGCACUUUUUACAAAAGGCAUUAUUCAAUGCAAAAAUAUACAAUAUAGUGCAAUGUUAUUUUCCAUUAGCUUCUUGGGAUGAAAAAUGGCAGCCAACAUUUAUUGUUUGUUUUGGCAUUCAUCUUGAACAGCUGAUAAACUGCAUGCAGUCCAAUUAGAUUUUGAAGACUGAUUUGUUCUUUGUAUUACAGUAUAAUGUUGCAUCAUAUAUCACAUUGAUCAAUAUUCUCCAGUCUACAUUUUUGGAUCAACACUAAAAUAAUUGUAAAUGAAAAUCUGCUUCAAGCAAAGAAUCUUUAUCUUUACCUAUGUAAAGGAAAUGGAAUCAUGUUAGUGAUAAUCCUAGAGAAUUAAUUUCUGCUCAUUGCUAGGCAAUAAUGAAAAUGUGGUAAUAAUGAAAAUGUGGUGAGAAAUAUCAUGCAGAUAUAAAUGAACCUGACAAAAAGUUCCGCCGUUUCGGGGUUGUAGCAAUUUAUGUUAAUGCCAUUUGCCGUUAAAUUCUAACUCCUAAAUGUGCAGGCAUUGAAACAAAAUCAGCUAAAUGGUUGCAGUUGAAAUUUUAUAUUCAGAUCUUUUCUUAUAGAAUUGAGUACACUUAAUUGUCUAUUUUUAACACGUGCACUAAACUAUGCUGGAAAUGUUUUUCUAUUGAUAGUUUCCAGUGAAUAAGGAAAUUGAUUAUGUCUUGGAGGAGGUGGUUGUAAAAUAUGUAGAGAAGUAAAAUGUAAAUUCCUGAUGAACAUUACGUCAGCAGCAUAUGAUUUAUCCAUUCAGUUACUGUUGUGCCUGUAAUAAAAUAAUAUACAACUACUGUUUUAAGUAGGGAAUUGUACAUUUGAAAAUAUUUUUUACAGUUUCUAUGACUUGGUUUAUUAUUUUUCAAUUUAAACAUUCUUGUAAGUAGAUUAAAUUAUGAACAGGUAGUCUUUUAAAAAAAAUGUAGAUGGAUUACAAGGAGAUGGAAAUUGCUAGCAAGAAAAUAAUUGCUGAUCACAAUAAAUUGCUCUACUGUCCAUUCUGGAAGUUUUGUUCUUCAUUGGUACUUUGGAGUACAGUUGUCAUGCUCCGAUCAUUUUCCAUCACAGCAUUAUUUUCCCUCUUAUGAUUUAAGAGUAAGCCUAUAAAGAAUUAUUUAUUUCUUUAUCAGAAAAAGGCACUGACAACUUAGGGAGGAAAGCCUUAUAUAGUAUCAAUGUUUUCUUAUAUUUGUAAAUUGAUAUUUGAAAAGGUUUCCACACAAGAUUAAAUACACUUUUGAAAUUAUAACUUUUGCACUUUUCUCUUAAUUAUUUGUAUUGGGGGUAUUUAAAAUUUAAUUAUUUCUGGAUUAGCAAAUUCUAUAUGUUGUGCUUCCUUGUUGAACAUUUGUACAUUAUUCUACUUUUGUGCUUGUUAAUACAAAGCUCGAGCUGAGCCAUACUUGAACUGCAGUCAUUCGGGUGUAUACGGCCUCAAAUUUAAUUGUGAUACAGUUCUGAAAACAUGAUUUGAAAAAAAAAAUAAGGGUUUCUUUUGUAUUUUGCCUGAAUUUAUUGAUUAAAAGUCACUGUUGUCUCUA